AUGACCACUUCUUCCAAGCCGUUGUUUUUCGGACCAUCGAAAUGUGUGGCACUCUACAUGGAUCCUAACAAACGGUUACAACUCUACCUACGCUGUCCAUCAUUCGGAAUUUCCCAUAAAAAUGAAGCCAUAAGAAUCAGGGAUCUAAAAGUGCGGCCUGACAACUUCGAGAUCAAUGGAACUGUCUACAGGCUAGGAGUGAUCACUCAAUACACGGAUACACCAAAUCCCAAAUCAGUAGUUUUGGACAACGCUAAAGGUGGGAUCCAAGAACACGUGGACAUCUACGGUCUCCCGGCGAGAGAGACACAAGAUGAGGAGGAGAACGUGCAAGCAGAUAAGGCAGAAAUUACCCGUUUAAGAGAAGAGAUAGCCAUAAUAGAACAAGGUCAUGCGAGACGAGCGAUACCUGGAAAACCUGGAAGUCGUAUUAGCAUUCAGCGAUUCGAUUUGAAAGCGGACGCAUAUAACAUGAGAAUCAACAACACUCCGCCUCCAUUCCGUCUUUAUCUGCAAUUGACUAUUUCGACAGGAGAGUCAGUCAAAAUGGAGCGUGUGGUGCAUGACAAACAAUUUGGAACUGCCAAAGAAUACAUUGAGAAGAUGGUGUUUGGCAACAAAAAAAUUCAAGUGGAAAACCUUCAAAUUGGCGGUGACACGUAUCUACAUGAUGUGGAUAACCGCGACGGUGUCAAGUACGGUCCUGCUCGUCACGAACCACUUUUCGAGUACACAUCACAAGCAGAUCGAGUGAGACCAUUGCUGUCAAUUCGAAGUUUACAAGUAGGCGUGCUGAAAGUCACUGGAAUUCUGACGAAUGCUUUGGCUAGUCUCAGACCUAUUUUGUCUCAGGUCCCAUUAAAAGAACUAAAAGCGGUUGUUUGUCAAAAAACAUUUCCCGAGGACCCAAUUGUUAACACAACAGAAUUCCUUGAAAUCGCUAAGGGCUCGUCAAUAAAUGUACUAAGUAACCGUCCAAAUAACCGAAUUCAUAUCGAUUUCACUUAUAACGAUAAUGGCGAGGAAUUAACCAACUUGGUAAACGAAUGGAAGAAAAGGAAGAUCCCAAUUGGAACUUAUUACUCGAUGGGAGAUCGCUAUGAUUACUUGAUUACGGAAAUCUUCAAAACGUUUAUCAAUUUGCCAGGUGCAAAGAUAGGAGAGAAUGAAGAAACGAGAUCGACUAACUAUCCGGAGUGCAUCAUUGUCCCGAUGGGAAACGACACGGAGCUGAAUGUCUACCGCGGCGAGCCGGUCAACGUAGAGAGGGACCGCUACAGUAGUAUUGUGACAAUGAAAUGGGAGCCGAGAGGAUAUGCAAGAGCUGACGGGGUCUGA